CAUAUUCAAUGGCCCUUCAUUUUGUCCUUUCUUUAGUUGAAUUGUUCUCCUGACAAGGUUACUCAGUCUGAUAUAUAUAAGUAUGCGCAGGCAUGGCUUUGUCCAUUCUAUGCUUGCCACCCACUACAUCUUCCGUUUCCGAGUCCCAGCAUGCCGUCCUCUAUCACCAUUAUACCUCGGAGUGACCCUCCCGCUAAAACUCUGACGAAACCGCGCUACGGGGACAUCUUCGUUGUUGAAGAAUCUCUGACGAUGCCAUUCCACAAACUACUUGCAGUAGCAAUGAAGACCGCCUCCAUCAAAACAGCAGUCACCCCUGCCUGUCGUAGAAUCGUUGAAACUAUCUGUUCUUCCUCGCGUUUAUCGGAGAAGUCGGGUCGCCGACGUCCUGGAAUCCUAUGCCGCGCUCCACUUGGAGCUGAGGGCGACACCCGACCCUGGUUAUUUCUCAUGGGGACCUUUGACGGCCACGACGAAAUUAAUCUUCCCCAGAUAUACCAAGACUUCGCGAUCACUGUCUGUACUAACGCAACCAAAGAUGAGGAAGGCAAGUUCACCAUCCGAACGUCCCCGAACUGGCGCAUGUACUCACCGAAGAAGACCCAAUGGGUUGUCGUGAUACCCAUGUCGCCACAGAGCGGAAAGCUUCCGGUCGAGCGAUGGAUGUGCUUCGGCGAUCAAAACAUACCGUAUACGAUGGAGCCAUCUGAAUUCGCUAAGCUCACGAAUUACAGCAGAGGAAAACUGAAAGAGUUUACUGGAAGGAUUAUGGGGGACGAAAACUACCUCACAAGGAUCGCUAAAGAUAUCCAGAUGCACGAGCUCAAGUAUCGCGCUCAGAAGCAACGUCAAUAUGCUUCUAGUCGUAAGUCUUCUCAAAUGCAGCGUCUGCAGCUGGAAAUGCAGUCGAUGCAACUCACCGACUCGACCAAUAUGGGUGACCGCGCAUCUGUGCAGCUGCGCUCACCUCCUAGCAAGAAGCCUGCCGCGUCUGUGUAUAGCAAAGCGUCCACGUGGCUGGUCCUUUAAUUUCGUGGCCCCAAGGCCGUCUCAUAAUUUAUUAUUAUCUAUAUGUUAAUGUCCU